UGUCCGGCCGGGCAGCAACCGCACCCUUUGUUUACAAGUAGUCUACCGAGCGCUGUGCCGACAGGGGGACAAGGACUGCGCGCUCUCACAACCACCAGCAGGAGAGGAGUGAACAUGCAGCUGUGCGGAUUGCUGGUCAUGUUGGCGGUGGGGCUUGUAGCCGGCCAGGGCCAGGUCUGUCCCAACGGCCGCCGGUGCAGCGACGGCUCCUGCUGUCCCUCCAACAACAACGACCAGCCGUACGGCUGCUGUCCGUUCCUGAACGCCGUCUGCUGCGCCGACAGGAUGCACUGCUGCCCGACAGGCUACCAGUGUGACCUGGCGCGCGGCAUGUGCGUGCAAAGCACCUCGGCCGGACCGUUUGGCCAGCCCGUGGUCCGUCUGGGCGGCGGCGGCGGCGACGGCGGGCAGACCGGGCCGACGGUCGGCGCAGGAGCCAUGCUCCAACACAAGUGCCAGGACGGCAGCUCGUGCGCCGACACGGCCACCUGCUGUCAGAUUCCUAACGGCAGCUACGCGUGCUGUCCCGAGAAGAACGCCGUCUGUUGCGAGGACCACAUCCACUGCUGUCCGGAGGGCUCUGUCUGCGACGUUGCUGCGCGCACCUGCAAAGACAAGAAGACGCGCCACGCUGUCCUGAACCUGCUGUGAGCGGCUGCGGUGGCCGGCUCGCGCGGCUGCGCUCAGCUCGCGACGCGGCCCCCGAGCGCCGGCGCCGUCGGACCGCUACAGCCGCCGACGGUGCACGGGAACGGAGACGGGCGAAGUGACUUGCGUGGGACCAGCUGAAACAGGCCACCGUGUGCAUGAUUAACUGCAUGUUUUCUGUGGAGUGGGUAUUUUUGACGACAUUUCUGGCGAUUGUAUGCCUUUGAUGACGUUUCUGUGCAAGGUGGUCAGUAUUUGCCUCCUUUAAAUAAUGAGCGCUGUGGGAUAUGGUGUUUUCUGUGUAACCUUCGCUGAAAAAGCCGGAGUGUACGGAA